ACAAACUUCCUUUAUUUUUACUCCCCCCUUUUCUUCUUUUCUCCUUUUUUAAUGCAAAAUGUUUUAUGUUUUUCUUUUACAAUUUUUUGUAAUAUCAUUUUCGUUAACGAUAUUAGUAGAAUCAGCAACAAAUGCAAGAUAUGCACACGUUUCAGCACUAAUUAACGAUCAAUUAUUUAUAAUAGGAGGUCAACCUACUAGUUUUCAAUUGAAAGGAUCAAAUGAUGUAUUUUAUUUAGAUUUAAAAAAAUCAUUUAAUUUGCAAGAUCCAUCGUUAGUAGAUAUAACUAGAACAUCGGGAAUGCCAUUAACAAUUUCAUGGGCGAGUAGUACUGUAGUAAAUAAAGAUGGGAUAUUAAUAUAUGGAGGUUAUACUUGGAGUUUAAAUUCUGGUAAUUUAGAUAAUGGUGACAAUGCUUUAUAUUUAUUUAAUGCAACUACAAAACAAUGGACAAUACCAACUGUAAGUGGUGCUCCACCACCUAAAAGGAGGGAAAUGAAAAUUGUUUCUGAUAAUAAUGAAAACAUUUUUAUUUAUGGUGGAAUUCAAUUGGGUGAAAAUCCUCAAUGGUAUACGGAUAUGAAUAUUCUAGAUGCUCAAUCUGAAUUCAGAUGGGAAUUAAUUCAAAUGAAAAAUUCUCCAACUUAUCCUAGAGCUGAUUAUACUGCUACUAUGUUACCGAAUGGUGUGAUUGUUUAUAUUGGUGGUAGAACUCGUGCAGUAAGAGAUGCUUCAAUUUUGGAAACUGAAUUGAAUAUAAAACAGAUUACAUUAUAUGAUACAAAAGAUGCUACCUGGUAUCCAAUGGAAACGAGCGGAGAAUUAAUAGAUAAUAGGAAUAGUCAUUCAGCAGUAUUGACACCGGAUGGAAAAAUAAUAAUAUAUGGAGGAGCGCAAGGACCUAAUUUAAUAACAGCAUCGCCAAGUUUAGCUAUAUUGGAUACAAGUACUUCAGUAUAUACGUGGUCAGUACCUACGAUAUCUUCACAGUUUAGUCCUCCCCCAUUGAUUCUUCACACUGCAGAUUUAUAUGGUGAUUACAUGAUUGUCGCCUUCGGUCAGUAA